UGGUGGUGGUGGUUCCAUUCCCGGCCCAAGGGCACCUCAACCAACUCCUCCACCUCUCACGCAUCAUCCUCUCCUACAACAUCCCGGUCCACUUCGUCGGAACUCCAAUCCACAACCGCCAAGCCCUCACGCGCCUCCAUGGAUGGGAGUGGGACCCACGCUCCAUGCUCAACUUCCAUGACUUCAAGGUCCCUCCUUUUCCCUCUCCUCCGCCUGAUCCCAAUGCACUCCGUCAAACCCAUUCAAACUUCCCCUCACACCUCCUCCCUUCAUUCCAAACCGCCGCCAUGCACCUCCGCGACCCAGUUCGAUCUUUGUUGUCUUCCAUCUCCUCCGUCGCCAGAAGAGUCGUCGUGAUCCACGACUCCCUCAUGGCCUCCGUCGUCCAAGACGCUGUACACUUAUCGAACUGUGAAAGCUACACUUUCCACAGCGUCUCCGCCUUCACCAUGUUCUUCUACUUCUGGAACGUUAUGGGAACACCCAUGCUCCAAUCUUCCAUAGCCUCUCACAUACCUCAAGUUCCUUCUCUUGAAGGUUGCUUCACUACCCAGUUCGUUGAUUUCAUAAGUUCCCAAUACGAGUUCCAUAAGUUCAGCAGUGGAACCAUUUACAACACUACCAGAGCCAUUGAAGGUCCUUACAUGGACCUCAUAGAGCGUAUGGUUAGUUACAAGACUCACUGGGCUUUGGGACCCUUCAACCCUUUGAUACCUUCGUCUACAAGGAACAAUAACAAGCACCCUUGCAUGGAUUGGCUUGAUGAACAAGAAGAUAAUUCAGUGCUGUAUGUUUCGUUUGGAACAACAACCGCAUUCAAAGAGGAACAGAUCAUGGAGCUGGCAAUUGGGUUGGAACGAAGCAAGCAGAAGUUUCUUUGGGUUCUAAGAGAUGCAGACAAAGGAGACGUGUUCAAAGAAGAUGGAAAGAGAGAGGUGAAGGUUCCAAAGGGGUUCGAAGAACGAGUGAAAGGGAUGGGAAUGGUGGUUAGGGAUUGGGCGCCACAGUUGGAAAUAUUAGGGCACCGUGCAACGGGUGGGUUUAUGAGUCAUUGUGGUUGGAAUUCGUGCAUGGAGAGCAUAACAAUGGGGGUGCCAAUUGCCACGUGGCCUAUGCAUUCGGAUCAACCCAGGAACAGGGUGCUGGUGACGGAGGUGCUUAGGAUUGGGCUGGUGGUGAAGGAUUGGAGCCACAGGGAUGAGGUGGUGGCUGCUUCGGCGGUGGAAGAUGCGGUGAGGAGGUUGAUGGCGACGGAAGAGGGAGAAGCAAUGAGAGAGAGAGCCAUGAAGCUGAUGAAUGCGAUCCACAAGUCCAAAGAUGAAGGUGGUGUUUCUCGUGUCGAAAUUGACUCUUUCAUUGCUCAUAUAACUAGAUGAGAUGAUCCACAUACUUUUAUUUUCUUUUUUAUCUACAUAUAUAUAUAGCUUUGAUUCCCUAUAAAAAAAAAUGUAUGUAAAGAAAUUGGAGUACGUGAUUCAACUAAUUAACGAAAUCUUAUAUAUCUAGCAA